AUGCGAUCGCAGCAACAGGAGGAGGGUCAUCGUCACAAGAAAGCGCGUCUUGAACAGCGCACAGGGAGCGAAGACUUAGGAAUAAUUGAGAUCGACGACGAACCUGUUCCAGUCAAUGUGCCCCGCCCUCAGGUUUUGUCGCAGUCACAGCCAGAUACUUCUGACCACGGCCAUCCUCCCUCGCCUCCACGUCGUUCACCACUGCAGCACCCGCCACCUGGGCUGCGCGAUCCCGCUGUGGCACCGGCGACAGCUGACCCUUCCACUGCAGGACCUAAGUCUUCAAGUCGGGUGGACUCUGUUGACAUCGUUCAAAUUGCUUUACAGCCCCGUGAUUCUGGUCCCGCUCCCAUCUCGCACACGCUCCCUCCUCUAGCUGUACUUGCAGGACCCCCGCGGCUCGCUAGCGCUGGUGCUGCACCUAGACAUUUCGUUCUUGCGGAUCCAAUGCAAUCGCAGAUUGUCACCAACGACCGUCCAUCUGUCCCCGAAGCUAGUACACCCUUGGACGCUUCAAUUGUACCCUUCGACCAAAUCGUUGCGGACUUAGGAACACACGCUAAUGCGUUUGCAACGUCCGUCAAGCACGCCGCAGUGUACCUCGCUCGCAAUACCUCGACGGAGGGGGGAAGACAUCAGCAGGUCAUGCAGGUGGUUGCUGAGCUCGACCAUCGGCUGACGUCCGUGGAAACCACCCAGAGGAGCGUUGACGAGCGUCGGGCGCGCGAUGAGGAGAUAGCCGAGCUUCGUGAGCAGCUACGUCAAGCGAAGGAAGAUGUGGCCGAAGUACGCCAGGAGCUCAAGAAGGAACGCGCCGAAUGGUCCCAUAUUGCGGCUAAGGCACGCGCUCUCGAGGCUCAGCUUGCUCUCCAUGUCAAAGCAGAAGACAUCGGGAAACUGGUAGAAGCUUAA